UGUGACAAAUAUGGAUAUGGACUGUACAGUUUUAGAAGGAGAAGUGGAGCAUGCCGGGAUUUGUAGUAGGAACCGAAAUCCGGAAGUGAUGUAUUGGCAGUUUCGAGCCGACCCGGAAGUGACGUCACAAUGCCAAACUGGAAGUGACGUCACAACACUAAAAUCGGAAGUGAAACCCGGCGUCCGAAAAAGGCGCAAAAAAAGGAGGAUAUAA